AUGUCCAUCUCAAACCCCACCACCUGCGCAGGCUCCGCCGCCCCCUGCUGCGCCGCCCCCUGCUCCGCCAUCCGUUGCUCUGCCACAGAUGUCUCCCACAGCUUUCUUUUUUUCACCACACGCUUCCUCAUUCCCCAACCCAGUUGCUCCCCCGCUCCUGGCUCUCCUUCUCACACUGUUUCCCUCCCUCCAUCUCCUUCUCUGACAUUGCCUCCUUCCGCUUCACCGCCUGCUUUCCCUUCGCCCUCUCUGCCUGCUUUCCCUUCGCCAUCUCUGCCUGCCUUCCCUUCGCCCUCUCUGUCUGCCUUCCCUUCGCCCUCUCUGCCUGCCUUCCCUUCUCCCUCUCCGCUUGCUGUCCCUUUUCCCUCUUUGCCUGCUUUUCCUUCUCCCCCUCCGCCUGCUUUUCCUUUUCCCUCUCUGCCUGCUUUUCCUUUUCCCUCUCUGCCUGCUUUUCCUUUUCCCUCUCUGCCUGCUUUUCCUUUUCCGUCUCUGCCUGCUUUUCCUUUUCCGUCUCUGCCUGCUUUUCCUUUUCCCUCUCUGCCUGCUUUUCCUUUCCCGUCUCUGCCUACUUUUCCGUCACCCACGUGCCGCCCUUCGUACAUGCUACCGCCGGCGGCGGUCCCACCAAUGACUCCGUCUUCCUGGAAGACCCUCGGGGUCCCCUCAUGCCACUAUCCUCAAGCUCCUCGAGCCAUCGACACCAAACAACGUCCCUGCCCCCUCCCCCAUCCCUCCCCUCCCCUCUCCGCCCCACCUCCACUCCUCCCCGUAUCGCAAUGCACGGAACGUACUGGCAGGCCUUGGAAGCGACCGUGUGGAGGCCGGGAUUCGGUGAUGUAG